AUGGCCGCCACCGAUGGCCAGAUCAUAUUGGCCGCAUCCCGUUUUGGGGAUGCGACGCCCGUUUAUUUGCGCGACUUCUCCAAGCAGCCGCUGCCGGCGGUGGCCAAAAUACUUAAGGGCCAACAUCAGGCGCUGGGCGUGCCCACUUUAUCGGCGCCCUCGCUCCAGAGCACGGCGCUCUUUUUGAGCGCUGGCAAAAAAUAUCAAAUAUUGGCGCAGCCCAUCAAGAUCAAGGAGGGCCGCAAGCCCACCAAUGUGGGCGCCAAGGUGCUCAUACCGGAGACAUACGGCGGCUACUUUGAGCUGCUCAGCGAGGAUGGUCGCUCGACGCGCUGCAUCGACUCCGUCCUGGAGCUGGCCAGGCGGCGCAAUGCCCGCGUCCUGGUGCGCGAAACGUUCCGCUGCCAGCAGAUGAAUCGCACCAUCCAUGCCGGCGAGCUGUUGACCACCAUGAACGACAACGGCAAAUAUCUGCAGUGCCGGAAUAUCAAGGACGAGAUCAUCAAUCUGCCACUCGAUACCAAAGCCAAGUUCUCGCCGAUUGCGCGCGAGGACAGCAUCAGCGGAGUGCACACCGUCAAGAAUCUGCUGCUCAAGCGGAUGCCCGUCAUUGUGAGACUCGUACAUGGCAGCGCGCCCAAGGGCCUGAAGCAGCCGUUUGUGCCGGAGCUGCGGCUGCUGGGCUGCGUGGAGAUCGAUCGGAUAUUUGCGCUGCCGCUGCAGAAGGACACGGAUCUGGUGCCGGUGCCGUUGAAUGCAAAGAUAAAGCUGCAGCGUGUCAAGAAUAUGGAACAGCUGGAGCAUUUCAUAGAGUAUACGCGCUUUCUGGACAAGGCGCAGCGACUGCUGGCGGAUGCACGCGAUCGCCUGCAGAUUGUCGAUCUCAAGCUGAGCGAAAAGGAGAAGAAGGACUCCAAGUUCAGCAGCCGCAACAGCGGCAACAGGCUGCCGGUGGUGAUGCUGCCCUCAGCAGCGGGCCUGGCCAGCGGCUGGGUCGAGAGUGGCUAUGUGCUGCGCAAGAGCGCCAGCUGCGACUCCUGGUCCAAGCAGCAGCAGCAGGCGCUCAACAGCGCCGAAAUCGCCGAGGAGUACAACGAGAUCGAUCACAUCUAUGACUAUGUGCGCGGCCUGACGCCGCUCUCGAAGGGCUUGUCGCGCUUCGAGCCCAUCUGCGAGUCGCCCACACUCAAGUCGCAUCACACGGACAGCAGCGGUAAUGGCAACUACUGCAGCUUGAUACGCGCGCCGGCAGCUCCUGCUGCCGCUGCCCAGCAACAGUCACAGCAGCCCGGCAGCAACAACAACAACAACAACAACAAUAACUACAGCAGCCUGGAGUCGAACAAGCACAGCAGCAGCAACGGCGGCGGCGGCGGCGGCGGGGGACACCAUCAUCAAUACCCGCACCAGCCGGCGCAGCAGCAGCACAAUCUGCAUCAGCAUCAUCAUCAUCCGUCGGCGCUGCUGGUCAAUCACUAUCAUCACAGCCAUAUACAGGAGGAUAUCAAGCCGGUGCCGCCGCCCAUUGAGACGAUACCCGGCAAGAAGCCGGCCGAGAAGCGGCAGCGUCCCACACUACCAAAGCUUUACAUCAAGAAUGCGAAUGCGCACAGCGCCGGCAGCAGCAGCAAUGGCAACUCCACCGGCGGCACCAGUCACAGUCACAGUCACAGCCAUAGUCACAGUCACAGUCACAGUCUCAGUCAGAGCCAUUCGCAGCAGCAGCUGCCGCCAACGCCGGGUAGCAGCAGCAACAACAACAACAACAAUACGGCCGCCAUUGUGGCCAGCGCCGCUGCAGCAGCGGUAAACGCUCACCACGCCCACUCGCACGCCCAUGCACACCACGCACACACACACCCACACGCACACCCACACCACGGCAAGGUGCUGACGCCCAACAAUCAUUUGCCCGUUAAAGAAACGCUGGAGCCGCAGUCGCCGCUGUUUCAUAUCAGAUACAAGAGCCUCAGCAGCCUGCAGCUGACGCCGGACAGCAAUACAGCGGCCAUGACGCCGCCGACGAUCUCAGCCAAGGUAGCAGGAGCCGGAGUUUGUGGGGGCGGGGGCGGCUCACAGACGCCGCCCGAUGUGGUGCUCAAGUGCGGCAGCAUACUUAACUCGCACGGCUAUCUGGCGCACAGCCGCAGCUCGAGCAGCAACAACAACAAUCACAACAACCAUAAUCCGCGCGAGGGAACGCUGGACUCGUCGCGCAGCGGGGGACGCACAUCGGGCGAUUCACAGAAGCUGCCGGAGAAGAAGACGCGACGCUUGUCGCGGCCGCGCAGCCUCUCUAAUCUGGUGUGGGAUCUGCGGCCAUCCAAGGAGAAGUCCAAGAAGAAACUCUAUGUGCAUCAUUUUGAUCAGCGUCAGCAGGCGACGCUCUAUCUCUAGGAUGUCAAAAGGGUUGCCGAGCUAUACGAAGUCGAGGUGGAGUGGAGUGCAGUGUAGUGCAGUGCAGUGGAGUGGAGUGGAGUAGAGUGGACCAGAGUGGACUGGAAUGAAGUGGAGGAGAUUCGUUGCCAAAUCGUUUCGCUGCCAUCAACGACAAACCCACAGACAACAACAACAACAACAACAACUACAACAACAACUACAACAACAACAACAAGCAUCACCAACAUUUAGCGCUGUGUGUGUUCCUGCAGCUUUCACCAUUUUAGCUUGCAGCAGCAAUUUUAAUUAACAAUUGAAUUGUGCCUUCCCCUGCGCCCAGAACUAUGCUUUAAACAAAAAUUCCACUGAAAUAUUUUAGAAGAAUAUUUUGCCUGGAUGGACGAAAGAGAACGAAUAAUGAGAGAGACGGAGAUACAGUGAAGAAAAAAUAACGGAAGAACCAAACAAAACCUAUCACAUGAAGCGCUGACAACACACACACACACACAGACAGACAGACACAUACACACACACACACACACACACACACACACACACACACACACACCUACAGAAACACACACACACACAUCAAGUCUAUAAAAUUGUGAUUUUAAUUUAAUGUUUAAUUUAAUAUUAUGCGACACUUUUAGUUAAUAUUUUUAAACGAGGCGAUGAGGCAAAGAAGGAAAAAAACAAAACAUAAACAAUUAAAAAAGCCAUUUAUCAUUUUGCUGUCGCUUUCAGUUUGAGUCACAUUUAAAUUUUACAAAAUUAACGAAUGUUGUAACUAAGCUUAAACAAAAAAUUAACAAAAAAAAAACAGCUUAAAGCUCGUCUUGCAAAAGCUGCAACAAGAGAGGCAGAAGAAGAAGCAGCAGCAAAGACAGCGGCGAAAGGGAGCAGACGAAGGCGCCCGCAGCAAUAUCAAAAUACACACAUAUAUAAACAGAUACAUAUACAUAUACAAUAUGCAUAUAAGUAUAUUAUAUAGAUAAGCAAUAUUACAUAUUAUUAUAUAUAUAUAUAUAUAUCGUACAUUAUUUAACUAGAAGAAGUUAUGCAGCAGCUGCAGCUACAACAACCACAACAACAAUAACAACAACAUACACUAUGCAUAUUUAAUGUUAUAUUCAAAUAGUUGAAAUGAAUUUAUUAAUUUCUCCUCAUAAUUUAAAUGUUGUUUCGUAUGUUGUGCAUUGUAUUUCGUGAAACUGUAUUCGUAAUUGUUUAUAAUUAAUGCAAUUUAAUUACAAUUAAAAUUACCUAUUCUCUUGUUAGUCUUUAGUUGCACAGAGCUAAGCGGAGCGAAAGAGAGAGCAGGAGACGGAGAUAACUAACUAGUUCCCUCUCACUUUCGCUCCGGCUCUCGCAAUGCAUUGUCUUAGUCGUUUAGCGUGUACAUUUUAGUUAUUACAAUUAUAUCGCUUAUAUAGCAUACGAGCAUAUAGAGUAUAUUAUACUAUAACUACAUUCUAUUUGUGUCUAAUAAAUGUCUCAGAAAUAUAUAAA